AUGAUGAACCACCGUUCCUUGAAUACGCAUGUUCGGUUUCGGUUAUCAAAUGAAUACGAAGACCUAAAGAAAGAUCCCAUUCCAGGCAUUCAUGCGAAACCACUCAAUGAAACAUUAUUGUUGUGGGGAUAUGUUAUUGAAGGCGCUAAAGACACUCCAUAUGAUGGGGGCAAGUAUUAUGGCGAGCUUGAGUUCACAGAACAUUUUCCUUUUAUUCCUCCUCACAUUCUUAUGCAUACUCCAAAUGGAAGAUUCAUUCCUGGGGAACGGAUUUGUAUAUCUAUUUCCGCUUUUCACCCUAAGAAUUGGGAUCCGUCGUGGACUGUUGGGACAUUUUUGCAUUGUUUCGCUCAUUUUAUGAUGUUUGAUGAACAGAUAAUGGGAGUCGGUAUGUGA